AUGGCUACAGUCACUGCAAACGGAGUGCAGCAAGAGAAUGGAUUCAGCACCACGAACAGCGCCGGCAGGAUGAACGGGCUUACCAUCGGCCAGAACACCAUUCCAAUGAAGGACCACGACGCCAUCAAGCUUUUCAUCGGGCAGAUUCCCAGAAACCUGGAGGAAAAAGACCUGAAACCCCUGUUUGAGGAAUUCGGAAAGAUAUACGAACUCACUGUACUGAAAGACAGGUUUACGGGAAUGCAUAAAGGAUGUGCCUUUCUAACAUACUGUGCCAGAGAGUCAGCACUGAAGGCCCAGAGCGCCCUCCAUGAACAGAAGACUCUGCCAGGGAUGAACCGGCCCAUCCAGGUGAAGCCAGCCGACAGCGAAGGACGAGGAGAAGACAGGAAGCUGUUUGUGGGAAUGCUCGGCAAGCAGCAGAGUGAGGACGACGUCCGGCGGCUGUUCGAGACCUUCGGCCAGAUCGAGGAGUGCACCGUCCUGCGAGGGCCUGAUGGGGCCAGUAAGGGCUGUGCCUUUGUCAAGUUCUCCAGCCACGCAGAAGCGCAGGCCGCCAUCAACAGCUUACAUGGUGGACAGACUAUGCCUGGUGCCUCGUCCAGUCUGGUGGUCAAGUUUGCAGACACUGAUAAGGAGAGGACCCUGCGCAGAAUGCACCAGAUGGCGGGCCAGCUCGGCAUCUUCAGUCCCAUGACCAUCCAGUUUGGGGCCUAUGGCGCCUACUCUCAUGCUGUAAGUCUCAGCCCGGCGGGGGAGGAGACGCAGAUGAUGCAACAGCAAGCAGCCCUGAUGGCGGCAACACAAGGGUCCUACCUGAACCCCAUGGCAGCCAUCGCUGCCGCGCAAAUGCAGCAAAUGGCAGCUUUCAAUGUCAAUGGCCUGGUGGCUACUCCCAUGACACCGUCCUCAGGCACCAGCACACCCCCGGGCAUCUCUGCCACAGCCGUGCCCAGCAUAGCCGCUCCUAUCGGGGUCAACGGAUUCAGUGCCCUCCCGCCUCAAAGCAACGGGCAGCCCACCUCUGAGCCCAUCUACACCAAUGGUAUUCACCCUUACCCAGCACAGAGUCCAACAGUGACCGACCCUCUCCAACAGGCUUAUGCUGGCGUCCAACACUACGCAGCAGCCUACCCUGCCGCCUAUGCGCCAAUCAGCCAAGCGUUCCCCCAGCAACCAACCAUCAUUCCCCAGCAACAGAGGGAAGGGCCAGAAGGUUGCAACCUGUUUAUUUAUCACCUGCCCCAGGAGUUCGGAGAUGCGGAGCUCAUGCAAAUGUUCCUGCCUUUUGGCAACGUCAUCUCUGCCAAAGUCUUUGUGGACCGAGCGACCAAUCAGAGCAAAUGUUUCGGCUUUGUGAGUUUUGAUAACCCGUCCAGUGCUCAAGCCGCUAUCCAGGCCAUGAACGGCUUUCAGAUAGGCAUGAAGAGGCUGAAGGUGCAGCUAAAGCGGCCAAAGGAUGCCAACCGACCUUACUGACUCGUCUGCUGUCCAU